AUGUAUUUGAAUUAUUUGGAAUAUAAGGCAAUCAUCAAAGUUCAAACGACAUUUAAAGUUUUCAAGUAUCUUUCAAGCCCAUGUUCAAGGUUCAAUUUUCAAAGAACAAAUGUCAUCCAAUAUGCUACUUUCAAAUGGUCAAAAAUACAUUCUUGGUUCACUCAUUUCAAUGUCCAAUUGCAAAUAUUACUCAUCAAAGUCAAGUCACAAGAUUGUUUCAACUACAUUCUUUACUUUUCUAAGUACCAAGUCCAAGUUUCAAAUCCAAAAAUAUCAUUACAAAAUGAACAGGAAGUUUACAAGUCCUUACAUCAUACAAAAAAAAAACAUGAAUCUAAAUCUAAGACUAUGCUAAAUUUCCUUUCGAACUCUUCAUUUUCUUCAAUCCAUUUUCCAUCAUCGUGUCCACGACAAGUCAGUUUACGUUGA